AUGCUUAAUUAGGGUUUGCUUAAUAUCAUUCGAAAGAUUAAGAAGUCAGAAAAGGAAUUAAGAAUCCUUGUCUUGGGUUUGGAUAAUGCAGGAAAAACUACUAUUUUGAAGGCAUUGUCAAAUGAAGAUAUAAAUCAGAUUGCUCCUACUCACGGCUUUAACAUUAAAAAUUUGUAACACGAAGGAUUUAAACUUAAUGUUUGGGAUGUGGGAGGUUAGGAGAAACUUCGAGAAUAUUGGAGCAACUUCUAUGAAAAUACAGAUGCUUUGGUAUUUGUGAUUGAUUCAUCUGAUUAAAUGCGUUUGGAAGAGGGAGGCAAGGAGUUGGAUAAAUUGCUUGGAGAGGCUGAACUCAAGAAAGUACCCCUCUUGGUAUUUGCAAAUAAACAAGACUUGGUGCAAGCCCUUCCUGCUGACGAGAUCUCUGAUAGUUUGAAAUUAAAUAAAAUCACAGACAGACAAUGGUCUAUUGUCGCAUGUUCAGCCAAAACUCAAGAAGGUUUACAAGAAGGAAUGGAAUGGCUCAUUAAGACCGUCCAAGACAAAUGAAUAUUAAAUAUUAAAUAUAUUA